AUGACUUUCAAACGCCCUCUUCACGUCUCCCACAACAUCAUUAUUCCUCUCAGCGUAUUGAUGGUCAUCUUUGCCACAUUUACCUUUACGGGAACACCGGUAGCAGCAAUAUUUGGCCAGAAGCCCCCGUUAUUUACCACGUCCCGGCUUCCAGAGACCGGAGAGCAUUUCUUGGAUUUUCGGCACAAGACGGUUCCGGCAUGGAUAUACAAAGGCUUACACGCCGCUCCCGCGAUUCUAUGGAGCAUCCUCAUGCCUCUGCAACACAGUAACAGCUUCCGCAAAAAGUAUCCGAAAGUCCACCGUUCAGCCGGCUACAUCAUCAUCACGUUUUCUUUUAUACUCAGCCUCUCUGGAUACUGGUUCCUCGUCAGCAAGCAUGCUUAUUCCCACGUAAACCGCUACCACCUCCACGACCUUGACGGCUUGUCACCCAUCCCGUGGCCAACCUUUGAAAUGACGCUCUGGUUGCUGGCUCCCCCAUAUUAUCUCACGUUAUAUAAAACGGCUACAACAGCAAGGGCAAGGGAUUUUGUCCAACAUCAGAAAUGGGCUGUUCUUCACACCAUUGUUUCUUCUACUAUUUCUCUUCAGCGUGUUACUAUGACGGCUUCGUAUGGACUUGGCUUGGUAUUGAUGCUGGUGUCAAGGGAUCAAGUUCAUGAAUUUUUCAAGGUUCAAGACCCGGCGUCCGCCGCUGCCGCAGAACUGGACAUGUUUGCUCUCACAACGGCAACAGCCUACGUGAUGAUGGUUUUCUGGCUACUUUAUCAACUUCGGUGUGCUGGCUAUUUUAGAGGGGUGACGAACAACUUGUUUUCUGUUGACGACCAAGAGACUGCGGCAAAAAAAGUGGCAUAA